CAAAAUGAAAUUAGCAUAUAUUGUAGUCUGUGUUUUAUAUUUCGCGUUCUAAUCUAGCCUCAGAAGAGAAAAAUUUGAAUCUACUAGGUACGCUUAACACAAGCACAAAUUUACUUUGUUUUGUAGUAUACCUUAAGUACUACUUUUCUUGAUUUCUCUUUUUGUAUAAUAUUUUUAAUUGCAGAAAUUGUUAAACUAUAAAACAACAUAAUAUGAUGAUGAUCAGUGGCGUAUCUAGGGUGUGGCAGCCAUGGGCGUCGUUUGGACAAAGGCGCACAAAACGGCGAAAAGUUUUAAUCAUGAAAUGCUUCAAUAGAAAAAUUUCAAACUGGAAAUGACAGAAACUCGUCUUUAACUCAAAUAAUAACGUACACCUCAACGUGCGUACAUUUCAACGUCUCAUUUCAAUAACAGUCGAUAAACGGUCAACCAACCAUCGAGGAGGGCGCAUUUUUAAACUUUUAUUGUACGUAGAUACCCCACUGAUGGUGAUUCUAAAGAUUUGCAAAGUUGCACUUUAACAAAGUUGAGUUGAAACCAAUGCAGUAAGAGUGCAGUCAAUGUUACAUAAUAUGUUGGUGUACUAUAGUGUGAAUAUUACCAUUGUUUAUAAGAAUAAAAUGAACCUAUGUCUGAUCCAAUUUAGAUGAAAAAAUUAAAAGGAAAUUUGAUUUAUUCUUAUUUGCAAACAGCACCAGAUAAAUGUUGACACUGAUUAAAAUUAAUGAACUCUAUGCUACCAAUGAUGUCACCAACUAUUGGUAAAAUAAGGUUAUAAAAUUAACAAUUUAUUAAGAAUAUAUAGUUACUAGCUGUGUUGCGUUGUCAGGGAUUUUAGAAUAAUUAAAACUAAGUCAUACUAAUGUAGUCUAUUCUGAAAAUAACUCAUUUAUUGGAUGAAUUUCUCGAAAGAAUAUUGAAGAACAAAAUAUGAACGACAUAGCAUCGGUAUCAAUUCAUCAUAGAGUCAAACGAUUUUUAUAUUCAGAAAAUAAAACAUGUGGUCACAUCGUAUUCUGUACAGAGGAAUUUCAUGAUGAAAAUUAUAACCCUUCGACUGCUCUUAUCAACAUUGACCAGUGUUCCGCCUUUCUCACAAUUCUCUCCCUCAUCGUCGAUCUCAUUUUGACGCUGGUAAUCACCAGUUCCAACGUUUUGAUAAUAUUGGUAAUAAGAAGAUCAGGAAAGCUCCACAACUGCCAAGGAAUAUUCAAAACAAGCUUAGCUAUGUUCGAUUUGCUCGUUGGCAUAUUUGUCAUACCGGGUGCAGCAUAUAACAAAAUUCGUUUUAUGCUUAUACCAUUAGACGGGAGCUUCAUGGACGUGCUAUUCCGUUCGAAUGAAGAUGUAAUCAAUAUAAUAUUUGGUGGUGCAUUGGUAAUUUCCUUGUCAGGAUCGUUAAUGAGUUUAUUCUUGCUUUCGUUGGAUCGAUAUCUUGCGAUAUCACGCCCGUUUGCGUACAAUGAUGGGAAAGUGAUGACAAAGCGGGUGGCUCAUUCUCUUGUUGUCAUUGUAUUGUGCAUUGCCGUUUUUCUUGCCUCUGUGCCGUUGGGAGAUCCAGACAAUUUCUAUUAUGUUGUUGACUAUAUGACCAUGGCAUUUAUAAUGGAGAUCAGAUUCAAUGCAGAUAAAGGUAAUAUCUAUCAUGGAUUGUUUUUCGUAUUGAUUAUCUUUGUUAUUCCGUAUUUGGCAAUUGUUGUCGUCACCAUAAUCACGUGGGUUGUAAUUAUCCGAGAUCACAGUCGGACAAAUGACCCUGGUCAUUUACCGCCACCUUCUCCAGGAGAAAAUCUAGAGUGGAAUAAUUUACACGAGUCCAGCGAAUGUGGAGAUGUUGAAUCAACUAUCAGUAACGAAGAUUCCAAUACAAAGAAAUUUUCUAUCGCAAAAGCGAUUCGAAAAAAUUAUAAAACUAGACGUCUCGAUGAUUCUAUGCAUCAAGUAACGAAGACGGUGUUGGCCAUCGUGGUCGUAUUUUCUUUGUGCGUCUUGCCGUGGAUAAUCGUUGAAGCAGAUAACUUGUCUGGGAGCAUCGAAGAGUUUAAAAAUAUAGAAAUAUUCGGACACGGUCACACUCCGACUCCACACACGUGUUACCCUGCAAUUUACAUGGUUUGCCUGUAUCUGAUGUUUUUAAACAGUUUCUGCAACUUUAUCAUCUAUAAUUUAAGAAAUUUUACCUUUCGUAAAGAGUUUCUCAAGUUAUUCGGCUAUAUAAAGUCUGAAGAUGGUUUCCAAUCGAAUAAUUCGAUGUCCGCCACAGAAAACGAAUCACAGCGCAAGUCACUGGGAUCAGAUUCUACUGAGAUUCAGAGUUCCAGGCGUUCGAGUCUCUCUUCAUCAAGAUUGGAUAUGUCAAAAAGGCGAGUCUCGGUAAUGACAGCACUUUCCAUGUCCCCUACAAGAUUAACAACUCUACAUGAAAUCCCUAGGGUGGAAGAGGUUGAAUGCCGCGAAUAACAGAAACUAUCCAGCUGGUUUAAAUGAGUUAUGCCACAGAAUCGUAUUCAUGAGUGAAUGAAGAAAAAAGUGUUUUUUAACUGUAAUUUGGCAAAACUUGAAUUUCUACAAUUUGACUUAACAUUAAAAUUUCCUCGAGAGCAACAUACCCCAUGCGAUGCGAUUUAGUUGGGAGUUUCUUAUCGUCAGUUUUUUUUAGCUCCUAUCCACUCAAACCUGAGUAAAACAAAAUCGCAUCACAUCAAAACAACAACGCGGUUCGUGGAGAUCCUGCACAAGCAGCGAGGGAAACCGGCCCCACAUGUCUAACCAGCAAGCUGUGACAACAAGAUGGCCGAACGGCUCUGCUGGCCCAAAAUUAUUUUGUCGGAGGGAUUUAUUUAAUUCUUCAGUAAUUUCUGUAAUAUACCUAAAUAAAUAUUUUGAAUGUUUGCGUCUUUUCACGACAACCAAGUAUAAAGAAGAUAACUGUUAAACAGACUUUCACCUUCAAGUACUGAAUAAGUAUUCGAGAAUUAAAGUCGAUUUGUCCAUUCGUUGAGAAGAAAACGUCGAUUUUUACGUACCAAAAAAGUUGCCCGACAACAAGACAAACAGUAGCACAAUUUAUCAAAGCCAUCCAUAUGGAAAUUCGUAUCCAAAAAUAUGCUUCAAAGAUAAAAAAAAAAAUUCAGUAGGGCCCUAAUUUGGUCACGCAUAUCGCUUACUGUAAUUUGAUUGACUGAACAUAUUUCGAAUACUCAUUGACCGUAUUCAGCCGGCCGUUCUAGGGCUUUGAUGGUACCACCACUACAUCCUCUAUGGGUCACAAUAUUAUCGCAUUUUAUAUUACAGCAGUUUUGAUGAUCGCGUUAUUUUUGCCAGUUACGGGUUACGUAAACCACCCUACGGCGGCGAGGAGUUCAGCAAUCCUUUCGCACAUAAUUAUCCCCAACUCGUCCGGUAAACCCAGUCCAUGUCUGGUAUGGUAUUAGCUAGCCAGUUAUUUGUCCACAUGUGUACAUUAUAUUUGAAAUAAAAUAAUGGUUUUCAAUAUAUUGUUGGUUCCACCGGUGAUUGAAAGGAUCUGUGCACCAAUAGCUGCUUACCUGUAGAUCCUCACUGGAGUACUAAAAAGGCGUAAAGCAGCAAGGUAAAAUAUUGCUCUUCAAAAAAAUCCAACCUUGAAGAUUUUCCUACCAAUCCUGUCAGCCAUAUAAAACAAAAUAGAAGCCAUGAUGUCGAUUAAUAAGAAUCAUUUUAUUGUGAAGGAAUUAUUUUAUCUACAUAAUCACCUGUUCAUAUUAAUUACUACGAACAAUUAUGGGAGUCAAUGCACAAGUGAACCAUCAUUAAAACAUAUACCACCAAUGAUAGGAACUGCUUAGAAACCAUGUUUUUAACUUUUUCUGAACAAGUAAACCGAAUAAAAUUUACAAGUUUUAAAAUGGUGGCAGGUUCGCGUAUUAUAUUAUUAGAUUUUCAAAAAUUGCAAGUAUACACUAUGGUUACAUCAUUUUAAACAUAUAAAAUUGGCGAAGACCGAUCGGAACAAAAAAUCAUAAACAGUAACUGGGCAAUAAUAGUAGCUAAACGAAAUUUUUGAAAGAAUUUUAUUUGAUAUUAGAACGAAUUUUCACACACUACAAAAAUUCUACCAAAGCACGUUAUGAACUGAAAGGAACUGUUUAAUCGAAAGAAUGGAACAAUGGGAGUCGGGGUAUCCAUGAAUAGGAUGUGUCAGUAUAAAAUCAGUAACUCAUCUGAUAUUUCAACUCGAUAUCAGAUAUGCAAUUGAAUAUCAAUAUUCAACUCAAUUUAAAUGGUCUUUAGGAUAAUGAGAUGAGAUGACAUGAAAAACUUUAUUUGGAGCAAGGAUGUAAAUGCACAUUGCACUUUGAAAUACAAUGAAAUUGAUUUGGUGUAAUUAUUAAAUGGGUAAUUGGUUUUGUAUAUAAAAAUGUGUAUGUGGCCAAAUUGAGGUAGUAACAUUUCGCGUCUUUCUUCUAUAACAAAUGAAAAAUGUUAAACACAAAAUCAAUCUUACAUAAUGGUAUUUUCAGUGCACGAUUUUGAAGCUGAAGAAGUAAAUGAAGAACUACAAAAUGCUUUUACAACACUACACACUAUGGCUAAAUAAUAUUAACAGUAGAGCUUCGAGUAUAUUUCACAUUCUAUUUGAAUUCAGACCAGUUUAUCAAAUACUACAAUAUGUUUCCUUCAAAAAAUUUAAAAAGAGAUGUUUUAAUGUUGAUAGUGAUAAUCUUCACAAUAAGAAAAAUGUAUCAACAUGAUUGUAUUUAAACUAUAUCAAUGUUGAUAUUUUGAGAUUGGAACCAGUUUCAAAUAAAAUUUCUUAUAAUACCACUAUUACCUAAUUUAAGCACUUGUGAUAUUUCAAAUUAAAACCAAAAAAUAUGAAAUGUGUAGUUCAGGUCAAUGCAAUUUGGCAUGUAAUAAACAAAAUAGUAUCAUCCCUUUUCCCAAGAUGAUGAA